AUGUUCUUGGUUGAAGAAACCCCCGUCAUUCUUGAUGACGCGUCGAAGCGCGGCACGCCUGUCCGCCGUCGCUACCGCGUCUGGAUCGUCAUGGCUGCCCUGACCCUCCUCGGCACCAUGGCUCUCCUGCUCUCCAACAUGGUCUCCGUCCUUCCCUCCGCCUCCGCCGGUGCUCUCUCUCUCGUCCCGCACUCCCUCGUCCCGCGCUCGCUCUGGUCCCGCCGCGUCAGCAACAGCUUCCGCCGCAACACGUUCACCGACUAUGCCUGCACGGCUGCCACGAGCGUGCUCAAGAAGUCGUCCAAGACGCGUUACUACACCUUCACGGUCACGCAGGUGACGACGCAGCCGGACGGAUACGAGCGCGUGAUGACGCUCAUCAACGGCCAGUUCCCCGGCCCGCUGAUCGAGGCCAACGCGUACGACACGCUCAUCAUCACCGUCGUCAACCAGGGCGUCGAGCCCACGUCGCUCCAUCUCCACGGUCUCUUCCAGGAGGGUGAGGGAUACUACGACGGCCCGGUCGGCAACACGCAGUGCGCCAUCCCCGUCGGCGAGUCCUUCACCUACAAGGUCAAGCUCCACGGCCAGUACGGCACGUUCUGGUACCACUCGCACUACCUGACGCAGUACAACGACGGCGUCGUCGGCCCGCUCGUUAUCCACGGCACGGAGGAGACGUCGUUGAUGAACCAGUACGACUUUGACCAGGUUAUCAUGGUCCAGGACUACUACCACACCGAGUCGUCGGUGCUGCUUGGCCAGUACAUCGUCCAGGGCAAAAUCAACUUCCCUCCCGUUCCCGACAACGCGCUCAUCAACGGCGCGGGCUACUACAACUGCUCGGGCGAGGAUGUUGACGGCACGUGCACGCAGUCCGAGGCCAAGCGCAACGUUCUCUACUUCAAGAAGGGCGCGACUUAUCGUUUGCGCGUGAUCAACGUCGGCGCGCUGUCGUCGAUCGAGUUCUCGGUCGAUAACCACAAGCUGACUAUUGUGGAGGGUGACGCUGUGUUGACUGAUCAUUACGAGGUGGAUUCGCUGCACGUUGCGGUUGCGCAGCGAUACUCUGUGCUGUUGACGACCGACCAGACCAACGCGGACGCGUUCUGGAUGCGGGCCAACAUCGACACGAGCUGUCUUCCGCCCUCGGCGAGCACGAACUGGAACCCGAACGGUACUGCGGUGGUCGUGUACAAGAAGUACUACUCGAUCAUCGAGCAGCUCUUGGGUCUUACGCACAUUCUGUCGGCCUCGAUCACUGCGGACACUUCUUACACCGGUUCGGCGACGGGCACGCUCAACUUUGGUGGCUGCGAGGUGAUGGAUGACUCGAUGCUCACGCCGUCGAUCAGCGAUGAUCCGGGUGAGCCGGAUUUUAUGUACGAGGUCGACGUCAGCUUUGCAAUCAACGGGACCGAUUUCUUUUCCGCGUACAUCAACGGCACGCAGUACAUCUCGCCGGCGCAGGCAACUCUCUACCAGACCAUCAUGAUGUACCGGGACGCGGACACGGAGGACACGAACAGCACGAUCUUGUCGAACCACACGGGCGUGCUUCCUACCGGCACCUACAACGGCGAUCCGAACCAGUUUGUUAUCAACUUCCCGGAGCGAGGAAAGACGGCGGAUAUCCUGAUCAUGAACAAAGCGGGAGGUCUGCACCCGUUCCAUUUGCACGGACAUGUGUUUUCUGUGCGCGGAAUGGGCGCGUCGGGAACGUGGGAUUACAGUAUGCUUGAUACGCUGCCGACUACGAAUCUGAUGCGUCGCGACACGGUCAUGGUUCCUGGAUGGACGUUGAUCAGAGUGUACUUCAACAACCCGGGCUUGUGGAGUUUCCACUGCCACAUUGCCUGGCAUUUGGAGGACGGCAUGUACAUGCAAUGGCUAGUUGACGCAGACAGCAUCUCGACCUGGUCUCCUCCGCAAGCCUGGUUCGACCUCUGCCCGAGCUAA